CUUUUCGGUGACUACCCCGAGCGCCACCGUCCCACGGACGGGCCGCGCCUCUACCGGCCCGCGGUGCUGCUCGACGGCGCUGUCUACGACCUGAGUAUCCGCGACGGCGAUGGUGCUGGCCCCGGUCAGAGCCCCGGGGGUCUAGAGGAGUGGCCAGACCCUAAGGAUUGGAACUUGCAGGACACGGACGCCUUUGUGCUAGUCUAUGACAUCUGCAGCCCGGACAGCUUUGACUACGUGAAGACGCUGCGGCAGCGCAUCGCGGAGACCAGGCCGGCAGGCGCACCCGAGGCGCCCAUCCUCGUGGUGGGCAACAAGCGGGAUCGGCAGCGGCUGCGCUUCGGCCCUCGGCGCACACUGGCCGCCCUGGUGCGCAGGGGCUGGCGCUGCGGCUACCUCGAGUGCUCCGCCAAGUACAACUGGCACGUGCUGCGUCUCUUCCGUGAGCUGCUGCGCUGCGCUCUGGUGCGCGCACGCCCUGCGCACCCGGCUCUGCGCCUGCAGGGGGCGCUGCAUCCAGCGCGCUGCAGCCUCAUGUGACUGAAUUGGACGCCGCCGCCAAUUGCGGGGGGAGCCUCCAUUUGACUGGAACAACCGGGGACCCGGAUUGGAUGAGAUCGCCCAACUUCUGUCGGGAUUGGACAGGACAGACUCUCCUCCCUGAUUGGCUGAGGAACGCUCCCACCCAGUCACCUGGGCGACAGACCUCUUUCUGAAUUUCAUUGGACACAGCCAGGCCCCAAGCCCCAUUGGACAAGAUUAGUCCUUCCUGGGAUUUCAUUGGGUCAUGAUCCGAUUGGAUGGAGGGGCUUGGCUAUGAACGUGAUUGGAAAGUCGCAGACUGCUCUUGGAGUUUCACUGGACGAACUGUUAAGUCACACCUCUCAGGAGGUAAUAAAAGGGUAAACAAUUCAA